GGCCAAGUUGGCGUGGGCAGGGUGCCUAAGGCGCUCUGCUCCUCCGGAUUGUGACUUACAACUAAGUCACGGUUUCACCUUCAAUUGUGGUCCAUGCCACCUCCCUAAUCCGUCUUUCUCCCCUUCCAAUUGCUUUCUGCUGGAACGGUGCUACAUAAACUCCCCCCCCAAUUCCUGUUUGCUCCUUAACGUCCGGUUGUCAAGAAAUUGAAAUACGAACACGAUUUUUUUUAACCUUCCCUUUCCCAUGCCUAGAGUGCUAGUGCCUCGGUGCCUAAGUUAGUUGCCAGUGGUUUAUUUCUCGGCAGGAUCCGGUCCCGGUUACCUACUGCUUCUUAAUACUUUACUUGAGCUGAACCCCUGCUGCAUCUUUUCGAAUCACAUCUCCAGGUGACAACUUAAGAUACUGUCAUCCUCUAUUCCACCGGUACCUCGUUCGUUUCCAUUGCCGGGAUCGAAUCAACUAGACUAUAAGAGUCUUAAAUAUACAAAUGCGCCCAUAUGCCGUCGCGGACCACACGUAAUCCAUCCCACCCUCCAACGUCACUUUCAAAUGUCGUCGAUUUGAAUGCGCCCCUCCCUCCUUUGCCGAUAGAGAGGGGCGCCCCGUCUAUGCUGUCUCAAGAUGCUCAGCUUCUGCCCACCAUGGUCGCAAACCCGGCAACCUCGCCGCCACACCAUUUCCAACAUCGAGGUCAUUCUCGUUCGAUCAGUCAUCCGUUCCCGUCACCGUUUUCCGGUAGAAGACGAAAUAGGUCGAUAUCCAAGCAUGACUUUCUAGAUUCCGAUGAUGACGACGAGGUCACCUACCUACCCGAUCCCCUUUCCAGCAGUCCUCGGAAAGGCGUACCGCGUUCAUCGCCUGGGGAGGAGUUGACAAUGGGGAAGUGCAUGACAUGCAACUGCACUGUUCGGUGGCCUCGGAACCUCAAGGUCUUUCGAUGUACAGAAUGCCUCACCGUCAACGAUCUGGAACUGUACAGAGGGUCUACCGAGUCGAGCGGGCAUGCUCAUCCAGGGAAGGACGAUAAACCACUACCAACGAUUCCCAGGAAAGCUAUUCCAUUAUCCGUCGAACGAACGAAGGCUAUCAUUGAUGAAUGCGUUUCGAGCUAUCUUCGACAACUCUUGGAUGGACCUGGGCCACGAGCCUCCCCGGCGGCAACCCAGAUAGACAAGCACACUAGUGGGCAAGAUGAAGAUCUAUCGGAAUCUCUGGGUAAAUCAUCUGGCUACCUAACCGAACCCCGACAGAUGGACCCUCGCGGCCGUAGUGCAUCCGCAUCCAGUAGGUCUGGAAAGCUGGAUGGGAUGAACGGUACUGCAAAUUACCUGAAACCUAGUCCUACCCCAUUCUCGCUACAAACAGAAGGGAGAGGUUCUCAUAUGAGGAUCCGGGACGCACAGAACAGGCCAAAAAGAGACCGCUCGCCACGGGAAGUAGGGCGACCAUGCGACUAUGCAGUCAGGGAUAGGCCAAGUCGCCCGUAUAUAUUUAGGGCAUUGGAAGAGUACAUAAUCACUUCAUUCAAGGGGUGUGAAUGCCUCAACAGUUCUUUCUCCACGACACAACAAGCACCACCGCCUGCAAGUGAGAACAGCCCUCCAAAGCAAAAACCGGACAACAGUGUCACGCAUGCACACUCAGUAUUUGAACCGGACGCGAAGACUCUCCUCCUUGGCGAUUUGGCUGAAAAUUCUUCUUGGUGGAUGAAUGAUAGUGAGCAAGCUUCGCCUCAUCAUCCGAAAGAGAAAACGACUAGUUCUACGAGGACUGUCAGCUCCAGGAGUCCGCGCAUUAACUGGGCUGAACUUGCACACUGGUAUCAGUUGAUCUUGACGGCAGGAACGUCAUGGGUCGAACAAUGGUCAGGGUUGAAGCCUUUGGACAUGCGCGGGGAAGAGGCUUACGCAAGGAAUAAGAAGUGGGAUGCCGCCGACAUGAGCCUAGUUGAAAGGGAUUUCGUGGAGUCGCGUUUGCAUCUGCAUAGAACGCUGUUGAAGGCUACUGAGAAUUUAUUAAAGCGACCCCGGCGGCCGUUGAAAAAACCGGAGGAUGUCAGAUUCCUCUUGAUACUACUGGUAAAUCCCUUGAUAUACUCGUCGAGUCAACACCUGGUGUUUCAUCCUGCAGCCGCUUCUGCAGCCAAUAGUAACAGAAGACCUUCAAAUCCGAACAAUACCAGCCAUAGACUAGUGCCUCCCGAUAUCAAAUCUUCCCCCAGGCAUCGGAGCGGAGGCCCUGGCCACCACUCUGGUAUCGUGAAGCGGAUUAUGGGUCUGUUGGCCAACUUGCCGAAUGACUGUCAUCAUUAUCUCGUUUCUUGGUUUUCACGGUUUUCGGCAGGGCAGUUUGAGAAGCUUGUUGAUCUCGUCGGCAGCUUCGUGACGUAUCGUCUGACUCGCCAACAUGGGCGGAAGCGCAGCGAAUCGGCACAGCACGACGACGAUUUAGUUCCAAGUUUUUCUAGCGCUGCCGGUAAUACGCCAGCUGAAUUGCACGCCGCCAUUAAUGGAAGAAGCACCAAUAAACAAGCCAACGACAAAAGCGAACAGCCAGUUGUCUAUAGUGACGACUGGCAGCUUCGAGCGGCAGCGCGAGUGAUGUCACUACUUUUCACUGCCAACAAUGCGAACGUUACUCGAAAGCCGGACGGGAUACUCGGUCAAGAUGCGGCGGCGUCUGCAACCAAAUCCCAAGGAUACCGACGAGGGCAGAUUGUUCCAGUCAGCGCGUUUUAUAAUACGUUGCUAGACUAUUCGGACCUUGUGGCAGAUUUUGAAGCUUGGGAGUCUAAAACCACGAAGUUCUCUUUUUGCCAAUACCCGUUCUUCCUCAGUAUCUGGGCCAAGAUCCAUAUACUUGAGCACGAUGCACGCCGGCAAAUGGAAGUUAAAGCCCGCGAGGCCUUCUUUAAUAGUAUAUUGAGUCGGAAAGCGAUUAGCCAGUAUCUCGUGUUGAGGGUUCGUCGCGACUGUUUGGUCGAUGACAGUCUCCGAGGUGUUAGCGAGGUUGUAGGUUCCAGUCAAGAAGAGAUCAAGAAGGGCCUUCGCAUUGAUUUUGUGGGCGAAGAGGGUGUCGACGCAGGCGGCCUUCGCAAGGAAUGGUUCCUACUACUUGUCAGGGAGAUCUUUGACCCUCACCACGGACUCUUUAUCUACGACGAGGACUCUCAGUUUUGCUAUUUCAACCCGUACUGUUUUGAAUCCUCGGAGCAGUUCUUCUUGGUCGGAGUUUUACUGGGCCUAGCCAUCUACAACUCGACAAUUCUUGACAUUAACCUACCUCCUUUCGCAUUUAAAAAGCUUUUGGCUUCCGCGCCACAGACGUCUGGACCGCAACCUUCAACAACGCGGUCAACUUACAAAUGUAGCCUUGAUGACUUGGCUGAGUAUCGACCCACGCUUGCUAAGGGUCUCCGGGCCCUUCUCGAAUUCGAAGGAGAUGUUGCGGAAACCUUCUGUUAUGACUUUGUUGCUCCUAUGGAUCGUUAUGGCGAGGUAGUUGCGGUGCCGCUCUGCUCUGGGGGCGAGAAACGACCGGUUACCAAUGCAAACCGACGGGAAUUCGUGGACUUGUAUGUCCAUUAUCUGUUGGAUACAGCUGUUACCAGACAGUAUGAGCCCUUCAAACGAGGAUUCUUCACUGUUUGUGGCGGUAAUGCGUUGUCUCUCUUCCGUCCCGAGGAGAUUGAACUUCUAGUGCGCGGCUCAGACGAACCGUUGGACGUGGCAUCGCUACGGGCAGUUGCCACGUAUGACAACUGGUCUGAACCCCGUCCUGAGACGGUGCCGGUCGUGCAAUGGUUCUGGCAAUUCCUUGAGCACACCCAGCCGCAGGCACAGCGGAAAAUACUAUCGUUUAUCACGGGCAGUGACCGUAUCCCGGCCAUGGGGGCAACCAGUCUCACCAUUCGGGUGGCCUGUCUAGGCGAUGAGUCGUGGCGAUUCCCAACCGCACGUACAUGUUUUAAUAUGUUGGGAUUGUAUCGGUAUACUACACGGGAACAAUUAGAGCGAAUGCUCUGGGGAGCAGUGCUCAACAGUGAGGGGUUUGGCCUCAAAUAGACAUGUCACUGGGCUGGUAUCCCAGGGACGACUGGUUCUGACGCUGUGAUGACCAUAUCCAUAUCCGGGGAGUUUUUAUCCUCAUGGGGUAAAAAGAAUAUGCAUAGUAUUUUCUUUCAUAGUCGGCUUAUUUGCCUUUUUGAUCUUAUUCUUUUGGGAUUCCCCACUGUACAGUAUAGAUAGGUAGGAUGAACUACUAGUUCCUAGGAGGAUGUGAAACAUAGACCUGGGCAGAACCGAAGUAUCCUUGUCCAUGGCUGUAUUUCCGGCUUUGUUUGGUGCUUUCGAUACAUGGAGC